GAAGAUGCUUAGAUCGGCUGGCAUGGGAAUAUGCAUUCGUUGGUGCGAGGCGUUCCCAUGUCGCGGUUUUUGAUCGGGAACUAGACGGGCUCCGGGAUCCUAGAGCUUGCGGGAUACGCGUAUCAACCUCCCGAGAUAACGUCGAGGCCAGGGUCAGUCGGCAUAGAGGACAUAAGCCCCGUUGCGCGGCAAAUCGAGCACGGCCAGUGAUUCCAGGUAUUCCACUUGAACCAGACUUGCGAACCGCAUCGCGCACCGAUCGUCAUGAAGCCAGCCUACGUCUCCCUUCCCAGCUCCUCGCAGGACGACUCCGAAGACAAGCCGCUCGUCGGCUCCCCAGACGUGGAGGAGUACUUGUCCGCACACAGCACCUCACCGCGCCUGGCGAUCUUGAUCUACGUUCUAUGCGCCAUGACCAUCCUCGUCGCCGUCAUCAACUUUAUCGUGCUCGUCGAUUUGCGCAGGUUCAAGCUGGAGGGUGUGUUGAGUAUCGGUGAUUUGCCGCGUCCAGAUAUCUUUGCGGGUCUUCCGGAUUUGCGUUCUACUGCUGGGUCGUAGGAUAACGCUAUGGGUCAAUGGCAGACGGUCGUGGCCCAGAUACCGACUGUGGUUUCGAGAGUCCAGAAAUUGUUAAAG